AUGACAAGAGGGAAGACUGACUCUAUGGUGGUUCUACAGACACAGAGACGGGGGUGUUUCUUCUUUGCCGCCCAACUCUUGUUUAGAAUUUCAGCCAUUGUAUGUACAUUGGGAGCAAUUGGUAGGAUGGUCACCAGCGACCAAACUGUAAUAGCGUUUGGGAUUGCUCUAGAAGUCCGCUAUAGCUACUCAACCGCGUUGAAGUCAUUACUUGUGGUAAAUGCUAUUGUUAGCGCUUUCUCUCUGCUGUCAUUGAUUGUGGUUGUGAUUAUGAAUAGAUAUCCAAAAUCAAACUACUUUUAUCUAUUUCUACAUGAUAUGGUUAUAAUGGCGCUGUUGAUAUCGGGAUGUGCGGCAGCGAGUGCAGUCGGAUACGUGAGUCAUUUCGGAGCAAAUGAGAUGGGUUGGAUGCCGGUUUGUGAUCGGGUGGGGAAGUACUGUGACAAAGUGACGCUAGCCGUUGCAUUAUCUUACGUCGCUUGGUUUUGCUUCUUCACACUCACUAUCUUGUCUGCCUACAGAGCACGUCAUUACUAA